AUGGAACAAAAGCUUAUAAUAGUGGUGCUACUAGUAUUAGCACUAGCCACCGCCACCGCCAUCACUGCAGAGUAUGUCCGGCCACCGCCUCGGAAAACACUUCAUUUUCCAUGGAAUCCAAAGCCUUCCUCUCACCCUCAACAGGUUCACAUAUCCUUUGCUGGGGAUAAACACAUUCGGGUCACAUGGGUUACUAGUGAUAAAUCUUCACCUUCUAUUGUUGAGUACGGUAUAUCACCGAAAAACUACAGCUCCAAAGCUCAAGGAGAGAGUAACAGUUAUAGUUAUUUUCUGUACAGCUCGGGGAAGAUACAUCAUACUGUCAUUGGGCCGCUGGAAGAUGACACCUUGUAUUUUUACCGAUGUGGGGGAGAAGAUCCUGAAUUCCAGCUCAAAACCCCACCAUCUCAAUUCCCAAUUACGUUUUCUGUUGCAGGUGAUUUGGGUCAGACUGAAUGGACGAAGUCAACUUUAGGCCACAUAGAACAGUGUAAAUACGAUGUGCAUUUGCUCCCAGGAGACCUUUCGUACGCUGAUUACAUGCAACAUAAAUGGGACACAUUUGGCGAUCUGGUGCAGCCACUUGCGAGUUCAAGACCCUGGAUGGUGACACAAGGUAAUCAUGAGAAGGAGAACAUACCAAUCUUGAAGGAUGGGUUUGUCUCCUAUAAUUCCAGAUGGAAGAUGCCGUAUGAGGAGAGUGGAUCCAGUUCAAAUCUGUAUUAUUCGUUUGAAGUGGCAGGAGUUCAUACUAUCAUGCUUGGUUCGUAUACAGAUUAUGAUAAGUACUCUGAUCAAUAUAACUGGCUGAAGGCCGAUCUUUUGAAUGUGGAUCGUGAAAGGACACCUUGGCUUCUUGUUCUAUUCCAUGUGCCAUGGUAUAACAGUAACAACGCUCAUCAAGGUGAAGGCGAUGACAUGAUGGUUGCCAUGGAGCCAUUGCUUUAUGCUGCUGGAGUGGAUAUUGUUUUCGCUGGCCAUGUUCAUGCAUAUGAACGCUCGAAACGUGUUUACAAUGGCAAAUUGGAUCCUUGUGGACCUGUCCACAUAACUAUUGGUGAUGGAGGAAACAGAGAAGGUUUAGCACACAAGUACAGAGAACCCGAGCCUGAAUGGUCAAUCUUCCGUGAAGCAAGCUUCGGUCAUGGCGAGCUCAAGAUCAUGAACUCGACUCAUGCACUUUGGAGUUGGCAUAGGAAUGAUGAUGAUGAACAAGUGAGUAAGGAGAAGAACAUCAUUAAAAAGCCCGCCCGCCCUCCCCCCCCCUCCCCCGGAUCUCUAGGGAUACCAAUCAUUGGACAAAGCCUUAGCCUUCUGUGGGCAAUGAGGGCCAAUACUGCUGAUAGAUGGAUGGCCGAAAGAGCGAAAAGAUACGGUCCAAUCCCCAAGCUAAGUCUCUUUGGAAAACCAGCAGUUUUUAUCCAUGGACAGGCUGCUAACAAGUUUGUCUUCACUAGUGAUCACAGUAUAAUGAAUAACUACCAGACCGAGUCAAUUAAAAUGAUUCUGGGGAACAGGUGCCUGUUGGAACUCAGUGGUGAAGAUCAUAAGCGAGAACGAAGUGUUCUUGCUUAA